UUGUAUGAAUGGACAGACGAUCAGGGGAAGAAACUGAAGUGUUCAGCUCCGAUCUACAUCGACUACGCCUUGUCCUACAUCCAGGAGAUACUCUCAGAUGAGCGUGUGUUUCCUACCAAGGCCGGGUCAUCGUUCCCUUCUGGAUUCAUAUUCCUGAUUCAGAAGAUCUUUGUGAUGCUCUUCCGUACGUUGGCUCACCUGUUCAGCGUUCACUACCAGGACGCCAUCGCUGUGGAGAUGCACCCGCAGCUCAACACGCUCUUCACGCACUUCAUCACCUUCAGCCACACAUUCAGACUGCUGGAGCCCUCAGAGACGGCGCCGAUCGACGAGCUCAUCGCAGUACUCACAUGCUGAAACACAAACUCAAGGAAUAUACACGUGAGGUCUUCACAAAAGGGCACAGCAUGAGCAUGUGAAUCAUAAAAUUCACAAAUGGAACACUCUAUAGCUUUGGCACCUAAUGGGACAUGUGCAAGUGAAGACCACAAGACUGUAAGUCCACAUGUUCACAUCAAGUGCACUAUAUAGGACAGUUCCUUUUCUGAUGUUACAUGAAGAAUCCCUUUGAUGUUUUGACCCAGUAGAACUAGAAUGUGUCAAUCAACUUCAGACUGAGCUCUGAUUGGACAGCGCAGCUGCUGGCCCCACCUAUAAUGGGUAAUUUUCUUUCGGCCAGUGAUCACACAGCCUUUUAGCAGGAUGCAAUUCUUAGGAAUCUGGGAGCACCGGGAGCUUUCAACAGUACUUUGCAAAUUAUGGUCAAAUGAUUCCCUUUUUGUGUGGUUGUCUGCCACAAUCAAUGAAAAAAACAAUGUUU